UGGCUAGAUGGAAAAAAAUGCUGAAUUAUAAACCAGAGUUAGUCAUAUCCCGUUAUCUUGGCUAGGUCUCAUAAGUCCCGCAAAGCCCUAUUCAAGGGCCCUUGAUGUUUUUGAUUUUCUCCAAUGGCCUACCGUUUGAAAAUCACUGCUUGUUUUAUGAGGAUGACAUAAGGACUUGGAGGGCACUGAAAUUUUUGGAAGACUCAUAUAGACUGCAUGCAGACAUAAAAUCUGUAAAAGAAUACACGCAGGUCAAAGGAAUGCCUUUGAACGUCAAGAAAUGCACAAAGAUACGACUACGUACGUCAGCGACACAGACAGUAAGUUACCUUCUGUGUGACGAUAAGCCGUCCGGCGCAAACACUCAUUCCAACGGAAAAACUGGAUAUGAUGGUGAAUUACUCAGGUAACGUGGCUGGAAUGAAUGAG